AGGUUCGGUUCAAAGGUAACAGAGAGACCAGGGGCUCUAUAAAGAUCCACUUUGUUCCCUCGGCCUCUUUGCUCUUUCCUUCUCUUCGGUUUGUCUCGUUUUCUUCAGCACACCACCAAAAUGCCCAGCAAGAGGAAGAAGAACAAGCGCCGCAUGAGGAGGGUGCAGGCCCAGAGGAGAGCCCUCGAGGAGCAGCAUGCAGCAGACCCGCCAGCCAAAGCAGGCCCGGCUAUUGCAGUGAGUGCUCCCCCUGCAUCAGUCCCAAAGAAAGCGGCACCAGCUCCAGCACCAGUCCAAAAGAAAGCGGCACCAGCUCCAGCACCAGCUCCAGCACCAGCUCCAGUAAAGAUCCCAGAGCCUGUUCCUGUUGCUGUCCCCAUUGUUGAAACACCAAAAGAAGAACCAGUUGUGAUAGAACCUGUUGUUGAGCCCGUCCCAGUCGAGGUAAAGGUACCAGAGCCCGAGCCUGUUGUGGUGGAACAGACUACUACAGAAGUCGAGGUUGAAGUUCCUGCACCGGUCACAGAAGAAGCACCAGUUGUUGAGACAUCAGAAAUUGAGACUGCGCCAGCACCAGAAGAGUCCUCUAUAGUUGAAGCUGAAGUAGUACCCGAGGCUGAACCUAUCAUUCCUGAAACAGAACCUGUCACUGAGAUCACACCCCAAGCUGAGGUUUCAGUAGAGGCCCCUGCAGUGACAGAGGUUCUGACAGAGGAGACGCCGAUCAUAGCCACAGAGACUGAACAGACUCUUAUUGUCUGCGAGACAGAGACUGAAGUGGUGGCCGAGGCCUUGGCAGAGGAGGUUGCAGUCAUUGAGGCCGAGGUGGAAGUGGCCAUCACAGAAGAGAUCACCGUAGUAGAGACAGAAGAGAAAGAAGCACCAGUGGAAGAAGCACCUGCUGAGCCUAUUGCAGAUGAGGUCACAGAAACAGUAACGGAGGUCAUCGAGGUGAUUCCUGAGGUUGUAGAGGUGGCAGUCUGUCUUGCACCUCCUCCUGAGGAUGACGCUGAAGAAAUAGAAGUUCUGGCUGAAGAAGAAGCGGCACCAGAGGUCCCUGUUGAGCCUGAAACGAUAACAGAGGUUGAUCCCGCACCAGCUGUGGAAAUCCCAGAGCAGGUGCCAGUCACCCUCCUCGAGGCUCCGGUAGAAGAGGCUGAAGCCCCCGUAACUGAAGUCGUAGAGGCUCCUCCCGCCACACAGGAAAUCCCUGAGAGUCUGGCUGACGACUUUGUUGUCACAGAAUCAGCCUCAGCAGUGGAGGUUGCCAUCGCUGAGUCUGCUGCUGUCGAGCCGGAAAUCAUUGAAGUCACUCAAUCAGAAACUUUAGAAGUGACACCUGUUGCGCCUGAACCCGUUGAGCCUGAGCCUGUUGCGCCUGAGCCUCCUGAGCCUGUUGCUGCCCUAGAGGAGGAAAUUAUCAUUGACGCCCCCGCUGCUCAGACGUGUCUCAGCGUGAUGACAGAAGAGUUUAAGAAAGAAAUCUGUGAGAUGCCUUGUCAGCUGCAGCUCGCUGUUGAGUCCACGCAGAUCGGCUCAACGGAGAUUGAGGCAUCACUGAAUGGACACAUUGUUCCACAGGUCUCCAUCGAGGGCUAAAUACAAAUCAGCUUGGAGGACCUUUUUUGUCUUUAUUCCCGUUUGGUCAUCCGAAUGACCCAAAGCUUAACAGGGAGUCAGCCAGCCGACUUUUUUUUCUUUUUUCUUUUUUUUUUUGUAGGGCUUACGACAGAACUGCCAGGAAAUUGAAGGGACAUCCACACUAUGAAGUGCCUUUCCGGCCCUUGUUCCUGUCAAAACACCAAACCAGAUGUCCAAAUGCUAAAAAGGCAGCUGAACAGACGGUUGUCAUUGGUGUGAGGAAAUGAAAACGAACAACUCAUUUUUCUGUAUUUCAACCCCAAAAGCACGCACAGUAAACUUGCAUCGGCAGUGGACGCAGGCGUGCUUGAGUGAUUUGGAUUCCUAAAUCAAGAUAAUCGGCAGUGCCUGAUAUUUCUUAUUAGGUCCAAACUCUCAAGAACUUUUGCUUCCACUGAGAACACUCACUGCAUGUAAAAAAAAAAAACUAGUUGUGGCUAUAGUUAAUACCUGAGCCUACCUUUUUUUUUUUUAACUCAAAGAUUUCACUCACAGGUCCCUUUUCACUCAGCGACGCAACUGCAAUCUUUCCUCUUGCCUUCAUUUCUGUCCUCCACUCUGUCCUCCAGUUCUCCUCACUGCCUCAAUAAGUGCCGAUUCUUUCUAAGUUUAAUGAGAUGUUAAAACGCAUCCUGGAGCUUUAGAGUUUACAAUUUCAUGGCCAUCAGUCCUGGGGAAUGACAGAGUUGGAGGGGACGAGCUGAGGGCUUGUUUUUUCCCCUGUUACUAUUGUCUCACUUUCUCCUUUUUUAAACUGUUUUGUAUAGACCAUAUGAUGUGCUACAGUUACUUAUUCAAAGUCUGUGCCCUGAAAGGGAAAUGUUGUUUGACCUGGUAUGGAGUAUCACUGUUGAACAGGGCUGUUGAUAGACUGACUUGAUCCACCUUUGAAAUAAAGCUGUAACUCAUCAUGA